CCGGCUCCGGCCGCCAUGCCCCCGCCCGCCGGGCCCUGGUGGCCGCUGCUGCUGCUGGCCCUGGGGCCGGCGGCCGCCGGGAGCCCUCUCUGCCCCCCGCUCUGCUCCUGCCAGGCCCUGGAGGUGAACUGCUCCGGGCUGGGGCUGGAGGCCUACCCCGAAGGCCUGCCCCUGUCCACCCGCCGCCUGCUACUCGCCUCCAACAGGCUGACCUUCCUGCCGGCCGUGGACCUGGGCCACCUCAGCGACCUGGUCCACCUGGACUGUCGCCACAACCUCCUGUCCGAGGUGGCCGACUUCACCUUCGCCGGGGUCGGCCGGCUCGUCCACCUGGACCUCAGCUUCAACAACCUGAGCUCGCUGUCCGCCGAGAGCUUCUCCUCGCUCGGGGCCCUCAUGGUCCUCGACCUGUCCCACAACCCCCAGCUGGCCUCCAUCCCGCGCGACGCUUUCGCCAACACCACGUCCCUGAGGCAGCUGGACUUGAGCAGCACGGGCCUGACCUUCCUGGACGCCCUGACCGUCAGCCAGGUCCCCAGCCUCCGCUCCCUGCGCCUUGGCGGGAACCCCUGGAUCUGCAGAUGUAACCUCUUGGGCUUCACCAUCUAUUUGCUGGUGACUCACAUCAGCUACCCAGACGAGCAGAACGCCACGUGCCGGAGUCCGGACGAGCUGGAGGGCUGGCCCCUGACCCAAGUGGGCAACCCCCUCCGCUACAUGUGCCUCACCCACCUGGACCGGCUGGACUACGCCUUCCUGCUGCUCAUCGGCUUCUGCAUCUUCUCGGCGGGCACGGCGGUGGCCUGGCUCACCGGGGCCUGCGCCGUGCUCUACGAGAGCGUGACCCGCAAGACCGAGGACGACGACGACGACCGCGAGGACGCCGUCGACCCCGGGCCUGCUCAGCUCCUCCCCGGCGCGGGGCAGGCCGACCCCCACGCCCUCGCUCAGAACGCGGUCUAGUCCACCCGGCGGUGGUCCCUCUUUCGGAGAAAUACACCGACCUCCCCACCUCGGGGGUCCCGACUCCC